UCAUCUGCAGACUUCUGCCAGCUCACACUGGACCCCAACACAGCAAACACACACCUGUAUCUGUCUGAGGACAACAUGAAGGUGACAUGGAGUGAAGAGGAACAGAAACAUCCUGAUCAUCCAGACAGAUUUGACUGUUGGUAUCAAGUUUUGUGUGUAGAGAGUGUGUCUGGUCGCUGUUACUGGGAAGUUCAGUGGACUGGAAAUGGGGCUGAAAUAGGAGUGACUUAUAAAGGAAUCAGGAGGAAAGGAAACAGUGAUGACUGUGGGCUUGGAUUCAGCAACAAGUCCUGGGUUCUGUUCUGCUCUGAUAAGAGUUACUACGUCAGUCACAAUAAGAUUCACACUGAAAUACCUGUACCCCCCCCCUCCCACAGGGUAGGAGUGUGUGUGGACUGUAUGUCCGGCACUCUGUCCUUCUACAGUGUCUCCUCUGGUGAACUGACCCACCUGUACAGCUUCACCUCCACAUUCACUGAGCCCCUUUAUCCUGCGUUUUGGGUGGGCUCGACAUCCUCAGUGUCCCUGUGA